AGUAAAUAUCUCUUGAAAUAAUAAGUACACAAUAUUAUAUCCCUAUUCGAUUUAAUAUAUAUAUAUAUAUAUAUAUAUAGUACACACGCAGUCGAGAUCAAUUAUUAUUAAACAUCGUUGACAUAGCCAGAUUAUCAUACUACGAGUCAACUGAGGGGAAAUAUAUCCUGCGUUUCACAAAACAAUAACGAUUAUAAAUACAUUUUCGUGCCUUGGCGGCGCACAGCGUGUUAAGUUACGCCAUGGAGACGAACAAUGGACACAGUUAAAUCCAUAUAGGUCCUACUAGAUAUAUACAUAUCGGUCAUUUUAUAAACUCAAUGGACACGGUUACACCAUGACAGACUCUCUGUUUGACGAGUUGUUUGCCAAUCUCAGCAAUGAGGAAAUGCGAGAGAGAUUGGAGCAGUAUGCAAACCAGAAUUACCAGUUAAGCAUAGCAUUGGGCCGAGUCAAGCAGAAACUUAGAUUGACCGAAGAUCACCUGAUCAAAACGCGCGAUCGUGUUUUGGAUCUGCAACGGGAAAACAAUGCAUUGAAAAUAGCACGGAAACGUACCGAGGAUAAGAACGAAUGCUUACAAGCAAGCGGCCUGCUGACGAAGCGGUGUCUGUCCAUGACCGAGACACACCUGCAGUCUGUGCUUGCGAUGAUUGAACGGGGUUUGUCGGCUGAUAUCGAGGAACAACCAGAAGACCCAGCUCCCACGGCAGUUUUGCGUCAUGAUCGUCUCAAGUACGAUACCAGGCCUCACCAACGGCUAAGUAAGGCGUUCGUCGAGACAAGUAUGACGCUGAGUGAGAAUGAGGCUGAUGACCAUCUCACCGACCUUCCGGGAGACGACUACUACGAUGAUCAGCAUAUCGCAGCAGGCGCGAACAUACAGGUGCCGAUCUCAUCUGCUACCCACGCACCGCUCGUACAAGCGUACAGACCAAAAAUUCUGAGGGCUAACAGUAUCAAAUCAAAUGUGCGUUUGUGCAGCGGCGAGGGGUCUAGCGGUGCCACUCGUAAGACGCGAAACGACGACUCGUUUGUGUUUUCGCAGGCCAUUUCAGUGUCAUCCCCCAGGCCGAGCGAGCAUGAACAGACCCAGGCACGUGUACACAGAGAGCACGAUCAUCUGGAGGCAGAUACAAAUAUGGACAUGCCUCUGCAUGGUUCGCUGCACGGUGGUAAUGCCGCGUUGUAUGGGAGCGAGGAGAUGCGCGAGGACAGUGACUACGAGGCCUACAGCCGGGACAUCGACGGACACAACGACAGCGAUAGCGGUAGCAGCUGCGAUAGCAAUGAGAGUGUGAGUGGCGACUGCGAUGGGGAGAUGGACGAUAUGAUGCGGCGCGCAAAGAAGAAGGGCCCGUUGAACGACAAGCGCAUAAGCGCUAUGAGCGAGAACAUGAAGAGUGAGAACUCGUGUAUGCGUGACAGGGGCGACCGAUGGAGUACAGCGGAGCACGCGGAGUACAGCCGUAGUAGUGCGGGAGCAGGGCUGAGCUCCAAGGGGCAUAAUCUGGGGGCUGGCUCAGAGGCGACCGUGGAGCGCAAGCUGAGCGAUCCGUUGCCUAGCAGCGAUGCGGAGGAGGACGAGUUUCACGACAGACACGCGGAGCGAGACAGGUAUGCAUACAGAGAACAGGAAGCGAGCAAGAAUGCGGUGCUCAAGGAAAGCCUGGAGGCUAAGCGCAAGAGCUUGGACUCGUGGAAUGCGACCCGCAGACGCAGGAGUUGUGGGAGUCUGGGGCGAUUGGGCGCGAAGAGAGAGCGGCCGAGACGACGGCAAAGCGGUGAUUUCAGUGGUCGAGGCCUGUCGGGAAGUAGAGCUCUCAGCCAAUCAGAUCGCUUUGACGCUGCCGUUGCCAUGGAGACUGACGAGAGAAAGGAGUCUGAACCUGUACACACCGCAGUGGAACUCGAUGCGCAUGCGGAUGGGGCUGAUGCAGUGACUGUGAAUGGGUCUGUUAGUAUAGGCACGGGUCACUCUACGGCUGAUCAUGAUAAGCAUCCGGAAAGUGACCACGAGAAGCAUGCGGAAGGUGACCAUGUCAGACAUGGUAGGAAUGGGCGCAGGACUGUACAUAACAGCAGGGUGCACGAGUACAAGGGCGUGAUGGACUCUGCGAUAGAGAACGCACGGCGAGCGAAUGUGAUUGUGAGUGAUAGCGAGAGCGGCGUCGAGAGUGAGAAGGAGAAAGAACGAGAGCGAGCGCACAAGAAAAAGGAAGAGGAGAAGAUCCGGAAGGAUAAGGACAAGGCUCGGACCGAAGGGGAGAAGAAAAAUAAAAAUACGACAAAUACUGGAGAGAAUACGACCAACGAGACGGACAAUACGAUACGUGAGGAGAGGAACAAGGGCGGGCAGGAGAACAGCAAUACAAUCGCAGGGGAUACGACCGGCAAGAACGCGGAGACUGGAGUAGAAAAAUCCGGGAAUGAGAAUCAUACGACAGGCAUGAACGGUAUGGCUGGCGAUGAGGAGGCUGUCCAUACGACAAAGAAGGUCGAAAAUGAGACGGUGAAACUCGCUAUCGAGAACCAAAAUGUGAUUCCGGCGGCUGCGGAUAUAGUUGAAGCAGGAAACAAUGCGGGCAGUGACCUGACUACCAAUGACGAGGAUGAACGAGGUAGCGACCGUGGACGAGAGGAGCCCAAGACCAGUACCAGCGUGACUGUGCCUGACACCGAGUCAAUGGACGUCGACGCCUACUCAACGUUGACACUCAAGCAGCGUCUGGCCCAGCAGCAGGCGAUCUCGGGCAACGCUUCUGUGGCACCGCAUAAAGACCACAGCAGCAGAAGCAGUCGAGUUCUGAGCAACAUUGGCAAGACGACUCAUAGACUUCGGAGGGAGACGCCGCCUCCAGCCAGACCAACAUUAGUCGAGGACGAAGACGAUGGCAAACGCAGACCGCGACGUAGUGCCGCGAAACGGAAGUCGUACGUAGAACCUCCGCUCAAUAAGAAACUUAGAAGGGGCAUGGAGCAUACUUUUGGGACAGCUCCCAAGAGCCCCACAAGCAAGGUCAAGCAAAAGCGAGCCAGCGCCGAGAAUACUGAGAACAAAAAUCCCUCCCUUGUUACCGUGACAACAUCCGCGGCCACACAUUCCGAGCCCUCAGACGACAAUAGGAGGAAUACUACUACCAACACACAUACACACACGGAUACUCAGACGAACUCUGGCACCCGAAGUACUAUAGAGGCGAAUGUCAAUGAACAAGUGAGAGAGGGCUCAGAGGUCACAGAAAGUGAUUUAGUAAGGCAGGCCCGUGCAAGCGGCCCAUUACGCGGUGGUGAAAAGCCUGCGGGAAAAUUGAAGUCCGCCAUGGUCAGGGGCAAUCGUGGCGGACUAACAAACCGUAGCCCUCUAGGAAAUUUGAUCAAUUUGAGAUAGACUGAACUGCCGGUGGUCGAGUAAAUAAUUCAAUAGAUUGCCAGCAACCAAGCCAACCAUGAA